GACAGCCACGCUACCUCUCGCCGUGUUGUGCCCACUACCUCACCCACCGUCCGGGCCGACCCAAGUACGAUCGACUCACGCUCCUCAGCCCACUUUGGCGAGCCCUCCUGGCCGCCGACGUCCGGAGCCACGGCCAAGAUGCUUCUUUCCGAGCUGAUCAGCGUCCAGAACGUGGCGCACGUCUACGAGGAGAUCACGGAGCGCAAGGACAGGGGCAGAUCAAAAGCCUCCGCCGCCCACACGCCCACGACCUUCGCCGGACCGUCGUACCCAGAGCACGUGAACGUGGUGGAGGCGCUGCAGGAGUUCUGGCAGAUGAAAGCCCAGCGCGGGGCGGAGCUGAAGAACGGCGCCCUGGUCAUCUACGAGUCCGUGCCUUCAUCCUCCCCGCCCUACGUGUGUUACGUCACCCUCCCCGGGGGGUCUUGCUUCGGCUCCUUCCAGAACUGCCCAACCAAGGCCGAAGCCAGACGCAGCGCCGCCAAGAUUGCGCUGAUGAACUCCGUGUUCAACGAGCACCCGUCCCGCAGGAUCUCCGACGAAUUCAUCGAGAAGGCCGUGGCCGACGCUCGGGCACAGUUCAAGCACGUAGCUGACUUGUCCCUCCCCCAGGGUGACCCCGACGAGGCUGACAACCCGAGCACGGGAAUCGGUGCUUUCCGCUUCAUGCUCGAGACCAACAAGGGGCGCACGAUGCUCGAGUUCCAGGAGCUGAUGACCGUGUUCCAGCUCCUGCACUGGAACGGCUCCCUGAAGGCCAUGCGGGAGAGGCAGUGCUCCAGGCAGGAGGUGGUGGCCCACUACUCGCACCGCGCGCUCGACGACGACAUGCGCUCGCAGAUGGCGCUCGACUGGAUCGCCCGUGAGCAGGAGAACCCCGGCGUGAUCUCCCGCGAGCUCGGCCAGAGCGAACGCGAGCUCGAAGCCGCUCGCUUGGCGGGCCGAGAGCUCCGCUUCCCCAAGGAGAAGAAGGAUAUUUUAAUGCUAGCGUGCUCGCAGCUGUCACCUUCGCCCCUGGACCCAUAAUGGUCGGGUCCGGGCACAGGCGCUACCGUGAUAUUAGCACCAAGGUGUAGAGGUUUAUGCUUUCAUCUCUGCAAAAUCAAAGCUAAUUUACUUUUUAUUGUUGUAAAGAUUAUGUUUUGUACUGUUUUCUUGUGUGUGUGUUUGUAUAUAAUGUAAAUAAUCAUUCCAAAGAAUUUUAUUAUGUAAUUAUAAUAAUGUUAAGCUUUUGUGGGGUGCACCGGUGAGCCCCACAUUAAAAUACGCACCCCCAGGAUGUUGCCCUUGGGAGGUCGCCUUGAGAGGUCACCCUCAGAUCAUCCUGAGUUCUUCCUAUGGGGAUCAUUCCAAGCAAUCAGUCCUUGGCAAUUACUUCUUCCGAGUCAUCAGUGAGGAGGCCAGAAGUCCGUGAAGGAUUUUCUCGGAGCUGAUGUGUUGCAGGACUUCAAGAAGAACGUAGCUCGUUAGCUUGAGAAAUCCUGCACAUGAAACGUGCUUCUUGGAAAUCCGCCUUGAAGGAAGUCCUCUGAGGAUUGAUGACUAAGGAUAUCAGAUAGAAAUGGGCACUUUGCCCUUGAAAGUUACUUUGAGAAGCUGUCACUGGUGAGUCUCUUGUGAAGUUCUUAAGUGAACUGAGAAGUUAUCCUUAGUAUGUCACCCUUGGGAGACUUUUGUAUUUAAGAACACCCGCGAACAGGUACCGUUACUGUUUAAUAUUACGCCAAGGAGCCUUUCUUUAGAAGCUACCCUCAAGAAGUUGCCAGUGACGAAACCCCUCUUUUGGAGUCUGUACUUAACAUGGAAGGUUGCUUCUGGCCAAUCAAUCCCAUGAGGUUACUUAAGAACGUGACGGAAUUUUCCCUUGCUGGAUUCUUUUCCUAGAAGGUGAUGUCCGAGGGUGAACCUUAGGAGGUCACUACGCUGUUUGGUCGAGCCAGGUACUGGUUACUGCGCAGAGACUAUGCUGAGCACAUCCACUAACCAGUUUCCUCUCACAUAGUAGAAAGAUGUUCAUUCCAGGAACUGCUUGACUGCCAAUUGUUCACACUACCUCCAUCUUCUAUACACUAGUUGUGAUGCCCAUAAAGAUUUUAUUCUCAGAACCUCGGUGGUUUAACAUCAUGUACGGCACUGAUUAUUUUCUCUGAAUGGAAAGGUCAGUAUUUCUCGAGGAUUAGAGCAAGUAUAGGAAGCUAGUGAUAGAAAUGUGGGCGAAAAGUACAGUGUAUAACAUAAAGGCAUGCAUAGCAAGUCCCUGGCAUGAGAGACAACCUCUACAGUAAUGAAACUUUGCACCACGCUUUUAACAAUACCACCGAGCACCCUCUUAUGUCAGUGCAGCGCGUGCUGAUGGCGCUAUAGGUGGUGGUGUCCAGCAAAUCGUCACAGUGACUUAAGUUGUAAAACUGCAAUAGCAACAGCAACGAGAGCAGCGUAGCACCAGGCGCAACAUCAGCAUAAAUCAGCAGUCACACCCCACGACAGUGCCUCCAGUCUCUGCAGCAAGCACCAGGAUUUGGCAAACUGUACAAGAUCUCAUUUGCUGAAACGUGUUAGGAGACUGAUGCGUUAUGUGCUGACG